AUGAGUGACUCAAGUAGUGAUGAUGAGGAAGACCAUGCUUGUGGUCCUGCAAUCAAAACUGUAGAAGAUGUUCAUAGUAAAUCUAAAACAUACACGAAAGGAAAAUGCAUUUCUCUUCCAGCUGAUGAUGAGAAAACAUUACGAACGGCAGUGGUACCAAAUCAACCAGACUACAAAACAAUUCCAGCUCAGACCAUUGUAACGCAAAAGGCAAAGAAGCGUGUUCUACAUUUUCAAGAGUGCUGGUUCCAAAACGUUCCAUGGCUGCACUAUAGUUUUACUCUUGAAGGGGUACUAUGUUUCUACUGUGCUAAAGCAGCCAUCCUGAAUCUGACUCAACUCGAAAAGAACACUGAGCCAGCAUUUGAUUGUGUAGGCUUUAAAAAUUGGAAAAAAGCUAUUGAAAAGUUUAAAAAAUAUCAGAGUUGUUCUGCUCAUACAUAUUCUAUGAAGCAACUAUUGCAUCAUAAAGAUUCACAACCCAUUAAUGCUCAGCUUUCACUACAAAUUCAACAGCAACAGAAUGAUGCAUGGCUGUGUCUCAUCAAGAUAGUACAAACAAUAACCCUGUUGGCAAAACAAGGUCUCCCUCUUCGUGGCCAUGAAGACAAUGAUGGCAAUUUUAAACAGUUUCUGCUUGCACGGGCAGAUGAUGUGUCUUAUCUAAAAAAUUGGAUAUCACCCAAAGCAGAAUACAUGAGUCCCGACAUUCAAAAUGAGAUUUUGAAGUUAUUGUCUCACACCGUAUUAUGCCUUAUUCAGAAACAGAUUGGGAAUAAUGCCUUUGCAAUUAUUGUUGAUGGCACACAAGAUAUAUCUGGUCAAGAACAAAACAAUGCCUGUAUCCGCUAUGUUGAUGAAGACUUGUACCCACAUUAG